CCGAGUGCUCACGGCUCCCCCUCCCCUUUUUUUUCCUCCGCCUUCUCCCUCCGCCCCCUCACGCCGCCCAGCCGAGCUCAUCUCUCCCUCUCACACACACACACACAUACACACACACAAAACACGCCCGCACGGAGCCAUGCCGAAGAGAAAGGCUGAAGGAGAUACCAAGGGCGAUAAGGCCAAAGUUAAGGAUGAGCCACAACGGAGGUCAGCGAGGUUAUCUGCUAAGCCUGCUCCUCCCAAGCCAGAGCCUAAACCUAAAAAGGCAGCUCCAAAGAAGAGUGAGAAGUUGCCCAAGGGAAAGAAGGGGAAAGGUGAUGCUGGCAAGGAAGGAAACAACCCUGCAGAGAACGGAGAUGCCAAAACAGACCAGGCACAGAAAGCCGAAGGUGCUGGUGAAGCCAAGUGAAAAAAGAAAAAAAGGAAAAAAAAGUGUGAAUUUUUGAUAACUGUGUACU